CACUUCCUGGUUGCCCGACGGAAAUAGCGGAGUUUGUUUGGUUGCUAUGCCGCUUCAUCGCUGAUAAAGAUGGCGAGAAAAGGAUAAACGCUUUAUAAACGAAGAGAUAAAUCAUUGUUUGUGCUUUCUGAGAGUUGUGUUGACAUUAUGUCGGGCGCUGAGGACGAAGAGUCGACGCUUGCUUUGAUCUUGUACUACUGCCAGGAAAAGUUUUCCAGUCAUGUUGUAGAUGUUUCCAGCGAAGCUCAACGGAAGUUCAGUCAUGAUCCGAUCUUCACAUUCCUGCAUGCCUAUGGACUGCUCAUGCAAGAUCGAGUGUUAGAUGCCAUCCAGGAGUUGGAGCUGUUGAAAGAGAAAAAGGAUGUUUCCCUGUGUGCGCUGAUGGCUCUGGUUUAUGCCCACAAAAAGAGACCAAAUCCUGAUCGUGAUGCGAUCCAGGAGUUGGAUGGAAGAGUGAAGGAGGAGAGAAAGACCUCUGGUCCCAGAGCUUUGUAUUACGCCGGGAUGCUGCUUUGGCUUUUGGGUCGUAAUGAUAAAGCCAGAGAGUAUGUGGAGAGGAUGAUCAAGAUCUCCAACGGAUCUAAAGAAGGACUUGUGCUGAAAGGGUGGAUAGAUCUGAGAUCGAAUAAAGAAGCUUACGUCAAGAAAUCUGGAAAAUACUUCGAUGAAUCACUAAAGGAGAAAAUUGAUGUUUUUGCUCUGAUGGGAAAGGCACAAUAUUAUGAAUUUCGUCAGAAUUAUUCUGGUGCUUUGGAGACUAUAAACCAGGUCAUUGUGAGUUACCCAUCCUUUCUACCUGCCCUGGUCCAAAAGAUGAAGUUGUUUUUAACUUUACAAGACUGGGAACAAACAGUGGAUGCAGCGCAAAGGCUUCUUCAGAGAGACAGAAAUAACCUGGAGGCUUUGAGGAUGUUGGCUCUGUAUUCUCUCUGUAGAGAAGGAAACAUGACUGAGUCUGUAAACCAGCUGUCAAAUCUUAUCAGUAACCUGGACGUUCAGGAGCCGAACAAUCCUGAGCUGUUGUACAGAAUGUCCUUAGCGUUCACUCGAGUGUGUGGAAGAGCUGAGAAGAUUCUUCAGCAUACACACAGGAUGGUGGAGCGGGCUUUUACUCAGGCUUCGGGUGACUCGGAGCUGGCCACAGAAAUGGGUUACCAGCUGGUUCUUUUGGGUAGGGUGAAAGAGGCCAUGAAGUGGUAUAAGACAGCAAUGACUCUGGACGAGAGCAGCGUCUCUGCUUUAAUAGGUAUCAUCAGGUGUCAGCUGAUAGAGGGACACAUCGAAGAUGCAGAACAGCAGCUGGAAUUCCUAACGGAGAUUCAGCAGUCCAUCGGAAAAUCAGCGGAGCUGUUGUUCUUGCGUGCACUGUUGGCAGUGAAAAAGCGACGUCCGCCAGAGGAGGCCAUCAACCUAUUAAAUGAUGCAGUGGACACUCACUUCUCCACCUUACAGGGUUUGCCCCUCAGCAUCGAGUACUUUGAGAAACUCAACCCUGACUUACUGCUGGAGAUCGCCAAGGAAUAUUUAUCACUCUCUCCUGCUAAGUCUCCAGGUCCAGGUCAGUCUCCCGCCCCUCAGCUCCUCCAUUGUGCUUCUGUGCUGGAUACCGUGGUAAAAGCCGUUCCUGGUCUCCCGCAGGCAGUCCUUCUCAUGGCCAAAGUCCGAUUUCAGUCAGGAGAUACAGAAGCUGCUCAUAGUGGUUUGCAGCACUUACUGGAUCAGAACCCAGCACACGCUGAUGCUCAUCUCCUCAUGGCUCAGAUUCAUCUCAUGCAGGGCAACUUCAAACUCUCAUCCCAGUCUCUGGAGCUCUGCCUCAGUCACAACUUUGAGAUCCGCGAGCAUCCGCUGUAUCACCUGAUCAAAGCUCAAGCUCAGAGGAAGAUGGGCCAGCUUCAAGAGUCCAUACAGACACUGCAGAUGGCCAUGAGUCUGUGUGCCGUGAGGAGAACGAGCUCGUCAACCAAAAGACAAACCAAAAAAAUUGAGCUCAGCACGGCAGACUGCGUUUCAGUGUUCCUGGAGUUAACCGAAGCUCUGUGGCUCAAUGGAGAGCAGCACGAGGCAGCCAAAGUGAUGCAAGAUGCCAUCAAUGAGUUCACGGGCACAUCAGAGGAGCUACGUGUCACUAUUGCCAACGCUGACCUGGCAUUGAUGCGCGGUGACACAGAGCUGGCACUGAGCAUGCUCAGAAACAUCACACCAGAGCAGCCAUACUAUAUACAAGCCAAAGAGAAAAUGGCCGACAUCUACCUGAACCACAGGAAAGAGAAACGACUCUAUGUGAGCUGCUACAGGGAUUUGGUGGAGAAAUUGCCUGGUGCUCAUAGCUUUCUGUUGCUCGGUGAUGCCUACAUGAACAUUCAGGAGCCAGAAUUGGCAAUUGAGGUGUAUGAGCAGGCUCUGAAGAAAACUCCUAAAGAUGGAGCGGUGGCCAGUAAGAUCGGGAAAGCACUUGUCAAGACGCACAACUAUGUAAAGGCAAUUAACUAUUAUGAGGCAGCCCUGAAGAGCGGCCAGCAAAACUUCCUGAGGUAUGACCUGGCCGAUCUUCUCAUGAAGCUCCGACAGUAUGAACGCUGUGAAAAGGUUUUGCAGGAGGCUUUAACUCAUGAUCCUGUGAAUGAACUUCUGCUCCUCACUGAAGACUGUCGGUAUCUCGUGCUUCUCGCCAAAGUCCAGAGCAAAGUCAGUAAAAAUGACGAAGCCUUGUUGUCCUUACAGAGAGCAAGAGACGUGCAGGCGAAGGUUCUGAAACGCGUCCAAUUGGAGCAGCCCGACUCUGUGCCCGCGCAGAAGCAGCUCGCCGCAGAGAUCUGCGCUGAAAUCGCCAAACACUGCAGCAGCCAGCGCGGCUACGAGCGAGCCGUCAAGUUUUACAAAGAGGCGCUUGUGUACUGCGACGGCGACAGCAAGGUGAUGCUGGAGCUGGCUCAGUUAUAUCUCACUCUGGAUGAUGUUGAUGCCUGUCAGCAUCAGUGCGCAGCCAUUCUGAAGAAUGAUCCGGUGAAUGAGGCGGCCACACUGAUGAUGGCAGACCUGAUGUUCAGAAAGCAGGACUAUGAACAGGCCGUCUUUCACUUUCAGCAGCUCCUGGAGAGGAAACCAGACAACUACCCAACAUUGUCACGCCUCAUUGAUCUGCUGCGUAGAGCCGGUAAACUGGAGGACGUCCCGAGGUUCCUCGAGAUGGCAGAGAAACACUCGCAGAGAGCCAAGUUUGAUCCUGGAUACAACUACUGCAAAGGGCUCUAUCUGUGGUAUACUGGUGAACCCAAUGAUGGGUUACGGCACUUUAACAAAGCCCGCAAAGACAACGAUUGGGGUCAGAAUGCAGUGUAUAACAUGAUCGAGAUAUGUCUGAACCCUGACAAUGAGACGGUCGGAGGAGAGGUGUUUGAAAACCUGGAUGGAGACAUGGGGAACUCCACCGAAAAGCAGGAGUCGGAACAGCUGGCCGUAAGAACAGCCGAGAAACUGUUAAAGGAGUUGAAGCCGCAGACGCCUGCGGGUCACGUGCAGCUGCGCAUACUGGAGAAUUACUGUUACAUGGCCACCAAGCAGAAGGCCAACGUGGAGAAAGCUCUCAAUGUGUUCAUUGAGAUCGCAAACAGCGAGAAAGAUUAUGUGCCUGCUCUUUUGGCCAUGGCCACUGCCUACAUGAUCCUGAAGCAGACGCCUCGAGCCCGAAACCAACUUAAGCGCAUCGCCAAGAUGAACUGGACCAUCGUCGAUGCUGAUGAAUUCGAGAAGAGCUGGUUACUUCUGGCCGACAUCUACAUCCAGUCGGGAAAAUAUGACAUGGCAGGAGAUCUUCUGAAGAGAUGUCUGCGGCACAAUAAGUCUUGCUGUAAAGCAUACGAGUACAUGGGCUACAUUAUGGAGAAGGAGCAGUCCUUCAGAGAUGCUGCCAUGAAUUAUGAAAUGGCCUGGAAGUACAGCAAUCAAACCAAUCCCACUAUCGGAUACAAGCUAGCAUUCAAUUACCUGAAGGCCAAAAGACACGUGGAUGCUAUAGAUGUGUGUCAUAAAGUUUUAGACGCACAUCCAAGCUAUCCACGGAUAAGGAAAGACAUCCUGGACAAAGCAAGAGCGGCUUUAAGAUCAUAACAUGAUGUGUGUGUUUACUUAAGUGGUUUUAUGUGCGAUUUCAUAUAAAAUACAUUGAUAAGUGUUAGUAUAUGACUUUUUAUGACUGCUUUCAGUGUUCAGCAUCAAAGGUGUAAUAUUUUUCAUUAUAAUGUUUGUUUAAUUUAAUAAAUAAACAUAUCUUAGUAUGGAU